AUGUCGUGGAAUCAACUAGUUAAUAUAGCAAGUGGUUUUCCAUUCUCAUGGACUGCAUUUGUUUCUAAUGCUACAUUUUUCUGCCAUUCUAGAAUGGCAUCUAUACCAUUUGAAAACAAAAUUGCUUGUAAAAGUAAGCCUGGUUCAGUUCAAGACAAACAAAUAUCAUUGAAAUUGCUUUUUACUCUGGAAGAAGGGUUUUUACUUGAUGACUUAGAUGAGUGUGAUUUACAGUCUAUAUUUUUGAGAUUUGGUCUUAAGGGUCUUGGUGUUCAGUUUUUUCGCAAAUAUAAUGUAAAGCUCUCGGCUGAUAAGAAUUCUUUAUUGUUUCCAUUUGAUGAUCUUAGUAAGGAAUUUGCUGCCCUUCAGACUUAUGUUUGGGCCAAUGACUUAAUUGAUGAAAAACUGAUUUCGUAUGCAACUGAAAAGCAGAAAGAAUCAUUACUGUUUGGGUGGUCUCUGAUUGGUCCAAAUCAAAGACAUCUUGUUGUAACUUCUCAUCCAUUGGAUGCUAUAGCUAUAAACCAAGAAACUGAUAUCUCUGCUUUAUCUUUGUCUUAUGAGUUUAAAAACUUUGUUCCAGAAGUUCUUUAUGCCUUGAAAAAAUUUGUUAAAGUCAUUUUCUGGUUGCAUCCAUCUUUACAUAGCUGUGAUAAUCAUAAAAUCAUCGGCCAUUAUCUGGGGAAAUCUGCAUAUUAUAUAAGGACAACCGACAGUCAUUGUGCAUUAAAGUGCCUUCAAAAUGGGUUGGAGUUAAGACAAAUUCUUGCGGAAGCUUGCCCUCUUUAUGAUGAAGGACUGGAAACUUAUGAUUCCUACACUAAUAUUGUAAAAGAAGAAUUGAAAGGUCAUGAGAAAAAUGCUGGUUUAAAAUGGAAGAGAUUUUCUGCCCUAAAUGAAUUGUUGAAAGGUCAUCGCAAAGGAGAGCUGACUAUUUUUUCGGGUCAAACAGGGACUGGUAAAACAACUUUUAUGAGUGAAUAUUCAUUAGAUUUAUGCAUGCAAGGGCUUCCAACUUUAUGGGCCAGUUUUGAAAUAACAAACACAAGACUUAUGAAAACUAUGCUGUUUCAACUUUCUCAGUGUGGAUUAGAUGAUCUCUUAAAAGCACAUGAUUUUUGGUCAAAGGAAUUUUGCAAGCUACGAAUGUUCUUUCUGAAGUUUGGUGGUUCUCGUUCUUUGAAAAAAAUAUUAAAGACUAUGGCUAAUGCUGUUCUUAUAUAUAACAUUCAACAUGUUGUCAUUGAUAAUCUUCAAUUCAUGAUGAAUAUGGAAGAGUAUGGAUCUUCAAUUGAUCAGUUUAGGAGACAAGACCAGAUAUUUUCAGCCUUUAGAGAAUUUGCAACAAAAUGGAAUUGCCAUGUUACUUUAGUGAUACAUCCUCGCAAAGAACCAGAAUAUUCAGAGUUGAAUACAAACUCAAUAGCUGGCACUGCUAAGGCAUCUCAAGAAGCUGACAACAUACUUAUUUUACAGACAACCAAAACUAGACAGUAUCUACAGGUUACGAAAAACCGAUUUGACGGCCACAAAGGAUGUAUUAUCCUAGACUUCAACAGAAGUAAUCAGACAUUUAGUGUAAAAAAAAUAAGUUCUAAAACUAAAGAAGAUAUACGGUAGUUUUUCUGUUCCAGAAG